UAAACGAGAAUUACUUUUGUAGUUGUUUUCUACAUUUCAUAUCUUACAUUGGGUCACAGCUACCAUGGCGUCCUAUUGCACACUCUGCAAAGGUUGUGUUUGGAUGUACUGACAGUCAGAUAGGACCUGAUACUGUCCCCCCAUGGAUGAACCUUUAUGAAAACACAAACCAAAAGAACAGCUUUACGUUAUCAUUUUGUCCUAUAUUCUUUAAAGUCAAAGUGAAACAGGCAAACCGAUUGCCAGUGAGACAUGAAUAAAGAGACGGACGAUCCUACCGCAUCUCUUCUGCCCGCGGAUGGGCAACUGCAGGUAUACACUCGACGGUGGUAUGUUUUAACAAUGUUUGGGAUGGUUAAUUUCACACAGAAUCUUGUUUGGAACACAUGGGGUCCUGUUACACAGUCUGCAAAGGCUGUGUUUGGAUGGAGUGACAGUCAGAUAGGACAGUUUGCCAAUAUGGGAAACAUUGCAUACCUUGUCACAGUAUUUCCUGUUUGUUACUUGAUGGGAAAACUGGGGUUACGUUUUUCAAUCCUUGGCUGUACUCUUUUGAUAUUCAUUGGAACAGGAUUAAGAUGUAUAACGUAUGAAAAAGAAGUAGCAACAUGGUUAUCCUAUGUGUGUUCAGUAUUGAAUGGAAUAGGAGGAAUAGUGCCCUUUGCAGGACCAUCAUUAGUGGCCAACACUUGGUUUCCUCUCAGUGAGCGUGCAACAGCCACUGCAGUGUCAUCAGUGUUCAUGUACAUGGGCGUUGGACUUUCCUUUAUCAUUGGAUCUGAAUGGGUUCCAUCCCCCGUGCAGGUAAACUCUACGGGUGAUGUUGGCUUCAAUGCAGAUAUUGAAUCCAUAAGUAGGCUAUCAUCUUCGAAUUCAGAUUCAGCCAUGAAUACAUCAAAUCAUUCAGUUAAAGUAAUCAACAUGGAUUCAAUGCGAACAGAUAUUAUGAAUUUGCUGUAUUCUGAGUGCGGCCUCGCUGGUUUGAUCUUUUUACUCUCUCUUUUGUAUCUUCCCGCCAAACCACCAACACCACCAAGUACGUCUGCUUCUGUGCAGAGAACCAACUACAAGGAAUCCCUUGGAAGUGUGGCUAGGAACAAAUCUCUCAUAUUGUUGGGUUUGGCCAAUGCAAUACCUAAUGGAGUAUUUGGAAGCUGGCAGGCUGUAUUAGAUGUGUUAUUAGACCCAGUCGGUAUGAAUCAAAGUGAAGCCGGAUGGUUAGGAUUCUACAUGACAGCAGCUGGAGGCGUGUCUGGACUUCUUAUUGGGAGAUUUUCAGAUAUAUUUUUGAGACACACUAAAUUCUUUUUAAUCCUGAUGAAUGGCGGAGCAGUCCUAGGCUAUGUGUGGUUUUCUCUCAUGAGCUCUGGAAUCAUACCUAUCUCUAAAGUUGAAAUCUACAUAUCAGCAAUCAUCGGAGGAAUGUUUAUCAACGGCUCUUUUCCGUUGGUUUACGAGAUGGGAUCUGAGUUGGCAUUCCCCGUGUCGGAGGCAGUAGUUGGGGGACUCUUGACAUGUUUCAUGGAGAUUUUCGGAAUUUUUUUCCUACUGGUUCUUAUGAUUCCAAACAUAGGAACUAGCUGGAUGAACUGGUCCUUAUCAGGAAGUCUAUUUCUAGGGUUUGUUCUGCUCUUCUUGUUUCCAGCACGCUAUAGACGAACUGACAUAGAUAAUGUCGUCGUCCAUGUUAAUACCGAAGACAGAUAUGACGACUCUGUUAACAGAAACACAAUAACGGGACACCCAGCAAGAUAUGAUGAAUGAAUAUUGUCUAAAAUGUGUCUUAAUAAGGUCGAUCGGUUGAUAUGAAUAGAUUUAAUCUGCAAAUUUGUAUGUAUUUAGAAAUUUAUUGGUUAUAAACCUUCAACCUAAGUUGAAAAAUAAUAAAGAAUGCUGUAGUUGAAUAUUUCACGUGGUCGUAAUUUGAAAAGAGUGCGUGUUUUACAAACAUCGAUACAUUAUGUACAUGUAGUAUUCUAGUUCAUAACGAUUAUGGACAUUAAUCAGUUUUUAGUUUGAAACAAUUGAGCCCCAAUAAAAUACAGAAAGAUUUCAAUCCAAGCCAUUUCCAUACGUUUUAUUUCAGUCUUUUGAUUGCAUUUUAAUUUUUUUAUUAUAACAUUGAUAUGUAGUAAAGAGAAUAUAUUGCAGGUAAGUCUCAUUUUGUAGUUGAUAAAAAUACAACUUUGUUCUCGGAACGACCUUUUGUUUGAUUUAGGUAUAAGGAUAUUCCAAUAUCCCUCUUUCAACGGUAUGAUGUAAACUCUUCAGCAAUAAACUUUUAUAAAAUCUUUCUUUUACUAUAGUUACAUCAGCAAUUGUGUUGAAGUACUAUUAAUGUAGAUUCAAGUAAUUUCAAACCUUUGCCUAAAGAGAAAGUCUACAUUAGAAUAGGCGGAUAAUAGAUUGAAUUCUGCUUUUAAAUUAGCUUACCCUCUUUUUAACCCCCCCCCCCACCCUUCAUUUUUCUUUAUUUAGUUACAAACCGAAUAUUGCUCAUGUUAAAUCUAUCAAGAAUAAGGAUAGAAUGACAAACAACUAAUGAAGUCUGCAGUAAAUUUUAAGGAUAAAUUGCUGAUGGAUCCCUUAAGAAGGGUAAAUUUUAUGUGACACCUUACCUUAGAGAAAGGGCAAAAAUGGUUAGGAAAAACACAUUUCUGAAUGUAAUAUUAAAUUCACCAUUGACCCAUAUCAUCAGCUUACAGAGACGCAAAUGCUGUAUCGCAAAAUACAGGACAUGAAAAAGAAAUUAAUGCAAAAAAGAGAUAAAGUCGGGCUAUUAAAACAAUUAUUGAAGCAUGAGCUUGAACGUUCCAAUUUUAGAUAUUACAUGCAUGUGGAAGAUCUUUUCACGCUGCAGAUAUUCAAUAAUGUACUAAGAGUUGUCUUUCAUGUCUUUCCUUUUAUACAUGGAAGAAAUAAUAAUAUAUUCAGAAAUUCCGAACAUCUGAUGUGCGAUAACUAUUUUUUGGGAACAAGAUUAUCAUUUAAUUGAAUCAUUUAAAAUAGAACCAGAGGCCAAUACCAACAUUGGAUUUCCUUGAAUAGAUGUGUAUAAGAAAUUAAAACAGAACAAUAGUGAAAGAAUACUUCUUGUUAAAAAUAAUGUUAUGAUCAAUUAUGGCCAAGAGGCACACACAUUUUUCAAUUUGAAUUAGCAGCAUAUCCUAUUCUUUAAGUACAAAUUUGCAAAGGACUAUAAUUAAAGCUGAGCCAGCUGCUGAUAAAAUGUUUUUUAUGUAUGCAAAACAUUUAAUUAAAUAUCAUCAUGAACAUGACAAUAGGAUUACAUUCUUGCAUAGUAUUUUGGUUUUGAUUCUGGUGGUGACCAAAAUGAUUAAAACCUGGAGGUCAACAUUUGUUAAAGUUAUAAAAAAAUACACAAAUACUUGUAUAAAUUCGAUAUAUAACCCCUUUAUAAAACAAAUUUUCAAUGUGAACACUUUUAA